GAGCAUCCUCCGCAAACGGCGACGUUUCAACCCCACCCAUGACAUACCCAACGAAAAUAACGUCAACACGACGAGCAAAAAAAAAAAAAAAAAAAACAAACAUUGCUACGUUUCUCACUCUGCAAAUUCCCAGAUCGAUCCUGCCAAUUCAACUAGGAAUCGCAAUCGAAUCAUCAAUUUCCAGUUUCCGAAAGAAAUAGCACUGUCGAAUUGCUCGAAAAAUUCAAUCCAAUUCUCUCACCGGAUCUGAAGUUGACUUGUUAACCUGUUAUGAUUGGAUAAGAUAUGUCGGAGAAUUAUGACUCUGGAGCUGUGGAAAACGGAGGAGAUGAAACAGGAAGUCCCGGCGGUGCUGGAGGUUUCAUUACCGUCGAACCAGUUGAGGAACCGAGCUCCCUUCAGGUGGAUCAUGUGUACCUCAGCAAUGGGGUUUUGUUGACUGGUGAUGAUUCAGCAGAAAAUGUCCCUAGUGAUGUAGGAGUGAUAGAGGAUGGGGGAAAAGAGGAGAUGUUUGUUGAUUGCCCAGAUGAGUUGAUUCUUUCUGAUAAUAGGGAAGCGAUGGCCAUUCCUGAAAUGCAAGAGAGUUCAGAGGAGAAAGAUGAUAUGCAGGAUACUGGAGUACAUGAGUCAGCCAAUGGGGGACAGGAAUACAAGGAAGAUAGGGAUGCCUUAUUGAAAGAACUUGCUAAUCUUCAGCAUCAGCUCAAGGCUCUUACAGGUCAACAUUCAUCACUUGAGGAAAAUACUAGUGGUCUGGUUGAUAGAGUUAAUGAAGAAGAAAUGGGAGAGGUUGAGAAAAAGAUAUCAUUAUCUGAUAACCCAUUGCAUGAUAUGAUGAAUGAAUGCUCCAAUCUUGUUCAGAAUGCUUUGGAUGUGCGGUUGCAAAAGGAUGAAAUGAUUAGAGAGCUCAAAACCAUGCUUUCUAUGAAGGGUCAAGAAAUUGACGAUCUUCAUGCAAAGGUUCAUGAUGAACAGUAUCAUGUUGAGGCUACUGCAGACAGGAUGUUAGCUUCUCUCGGCAUGUCAGUUACUGAAGAAAAUUUGCUGGAUGAUUCUGUUUCUGGGAAAAUGUCUCAUGUUGAGAGGAACACUUACCUUCUAAUUGAGAACUAUAAUUAUUUCCUUUCUGAAAUUUAUCUCCUUCAGCAGUGUUUGACUGAGGCCAGGCCAGAUUUGAUUGUACAAAACGACUUUGGGACAACUUUUCUUGCCACACGUGAUGUUUUGCUCGAGCAUAAAAGAAAGGAAGUAGACUUGUCUCAGAAACUAAGUAAUUUGGAAGACGAAAAUAAGAAGCUAGUGGAACAGCUUGACAAAAGCAAAGAAAUGGUGAAGCUGGCAAAUGGAGAUGUUGAAAAACUCAGAGCAGAACUUGAACAUGAGAAAUCUAAGUAUGCUAAUACCAAAGAAAAGCUCAGCUUAGCUGUGACAAAAGGGAAGGCAUUGGUUCAGCAGCGAGAUUCAUUGAAGCAGUCUCUGGCUGAGAAAACAAGCGAGCUUGAGAGAUGUUUGAUGGAAUUGCAAGAAAGGUCAGAUUCCCUUGUGGCUUCUGAAAUGAGUAAGGAGGAGUUGGUCAGAACCGAAAUUUUGGCUGCUUCACUGCAAGAAGCCCUCUCCCAAAGGAACACUAUUCUUGCACGAUGUGAAGAAAUUUUGUCUGAGACUGCAGUAUCCCAGGAACUCCAGUCAGCUGAUAUUACAGAUAGAAUUAGAUGGCUUGCCGAUGAGAGAAAUCGACUGAAGGGUGUGACCGUGGAGUAUGACAAACUCAUAGAUGCCUUAUCUGUGAUUGAUAUACCAGAACAUGUUUCAUCUUCUGACCUGGAAUCUCGAGUCAAUUGGGUCGUGCAGUCAUUUUUCCAGACCAAGGAAGAAGCUAAUAGACUGCAAGAUCAAAUUUCUGAGGUUAGCGGAGCUGCACGAAAUGAGAUAGAGCGCUUAACUGCUUUGCUACUAGCAGAACAACAAGAGAAGACUUAUCUUCAAGAGGAGUUGAAAGACCUUUCUCACAAGUACGACAAGAUUGUUGACAGGGAGUGUCAUGUUUUAUCGGAGAAAAAUCAGAUGGUUAGUAUGCUGCUAGAGGCAUCUGGGAUUCCAAUGGAUUGUCAAGAAGACAGCGAUAAACCUUCCUCUGAUGUGGCAGUUCUCAUAGAAAGAUGUAUUGGUAAAGUCAAAGAACAAAGCAGUGCCUCCUCUGGACCCUCUGGUCUUGAGGCAGAAGUCUUUGAAACAAUUCAAACUCUCUUGUAUGUAAAGGACCAAGAGUUGAUGCUGUGUGAGAAAUUAUUAGAAGAAGACGUGCUUCUUAGAUCAAAGUUGAAUACUCUAUCAGAUAAGUUGAGAAACAUGUCUAAAGAAAUAGAAGUGCUGAAAGACGAGAAAAAUGCUAUGCAGAAAGAUCUGGAACGUUCGGAGGACAAAUCUGCUCUACUGAGGGAAAAAUUAUCUAUGGCUGUUAAAAAAGGCAAGGGAUUAGUUCAAGAUCGAGAAAACUUGAAAAAGAACUUGGAUGAAAAGACGGCAGAAAUUGACAAGUUAAAGCUUGAGUUACUGCAGCAAGAAUCUGCACUUGGUGAUUUCAGAGAUCAGAUUAGCAUACUAUCAACGGAUGUGGAAGUGAUACCCAAGUUGGAGUCUGAUCUCACGAGCAUGAAAGAUCAAAGGGAUCAACUUGAGCAGUUUUUAGUGGAGAGCAAUAACUUGUUACAAAGAGUGAUGGUAUCUAUUGAUGGGAUUGUUCUUCCCAUUGAUUCAACAUUCGAAGAGCCUGCACAGAAGUUACAAUGGCUUGCAGGUUACCUCAAUGAAUGUCAAGUUGCAAAGAAACACAUGGAUCAAGAAUUAGAGAAACUGAAAGUAGAAUCUGCUGCUCUUUCCAAUGAAAUUGCAGAAGCCUACGUCGCGAAGAAAUCACUGGAAGAGGCACUGUCUCAUGCAGAGAAUAAUAUUUCCCGGUUAGCUGAAGAAAAGAGGGAACUAGAAAUUGAUAAGACAUAUGGGGAGCAAGAGCUACAGAUAGCAUUGGAGGAAGCUUCUGCCCAAGCUGGCAAAUUUGCUGAGGCUUGUUCAACAAGAAAGUCGCUUGAAGAUGCUUUAUCAGAAGCCGAGGAUAAGAUAUCUGAUCUCAUGAAUGAGAAAGAAGAAGCUCACCAUAGUAGAGCUUCAGCAGAAAUGGAGCUAAAAAAAGUGAAGGAGGAAGUUUUGAUCCAGACUGGAAAACUCACAGAGGCCUAUGGAACUAUAAAAUCACUUGAAGAUGCACUCUCACAGGUGGAGACAAACGUUGCUUUGCUUUCUGAGGAGAAUAAUAAUGUGCAAGUUGGUAGAACCAAUUUGGAAAAUGAAAUGAAGAAGCUGAAAGAAGAAGCUGAUUCCCAAUCUAUCAAGCUUACAGAUUCAUACUCAACAAUAAAGUUGCUGGAAGAUGCUUUGUUGAAGGCAGAGAAUAACGUUUCCGAACUGGUUGGUGAAAAGGAAAAGGCUGGAGAAGAGAUAGUGGCACUUAAUACCAAGUUAAAUGCAUGUAUGGAAGAGUUAGCUGGAACCACUGGCAGCUUGGAUAGUAGGUCUCUGGAGCUUUCCAGUCACCUUGACAGUCUUCAGUUGCUUUUGAAAGAUGAUAACCUGUUGUCCUUACUUAAACGAAGCUUUGAGCUCAAAUUGGAGCGCCUCAGAGAUAUGGAUGUUCUUCUGGAAGACAUGAAGAAUCAUUAUGUUGAAAUGCAAUCAGAACCACUGCAAAGUUAUCCUUCUGUCACAAAGGAAGAUUCCGAUUUCUCAAAGUUCGCAGCUGGCCUUGACAAUAUUGCAAAUGGAGAUAUAAACGAGGGUCACGCCAAUGCAGAAGAUGGUGAUAGUUUGGAAUCCUAUUACAGCAAAACAGUUGAAGGAUUUCAUCUUAGAAACAAGAUUCUUGCAGAUAAUGUUAAAGGUUGUUCUGCUUUCAUGGAUGAAUUUAUUGCAGCCCUUUUGACAAAAUUGCUUGCAACAAGAGAUGGACUAAUGCUUAAGGGUGACCAAAUUAUAUCUUUGAAGCAAAAGGUGGAUAACCUUGAAAUGGUUAGGCAGGCACAGGAGAGUAAGAUCGUCAUUUUGGAAAAUGACAUUUCGAUUUUACUGUCAGCUUGUACCGAUGCAACUAACAAACUGGAGGCCGAAAUUGAGAACAAUCUGGUGGAAGUGAGCUCUGUCCCAGAAAUGAGAGAAGUCAGUGGAGAUGCAGUAGCAGAACAUCAGACGACACUUGACAACAUCAAAUACCUAACAACUGCAAAGAACUUGUCACUGGCUGCUAGAAAGGUUGGACAUCUAAUUAAACAGUUUGGGAAUAUAAGGAAUGAAUCAGCUGAUGCAAUCAAAGAGUUCGAGAACAAUUUGACAGAAACCAGAAUAAGUUUGGAAAAUGCCAUAGAAGAAAGGGACUUGAACCACAGUAGGAUUUCUAAAUUGGAGAGUGAUGUAGAAGCAUUACAGAAAUCUUACCAAGAGGUUAGGUUUCUAGCAGAAGAUUAUGAGGCAAAGGAGGAUAAGAUGAAUGACAAAGAAGCAGAAAUCUCGUCCUUACGCAACGCUUUGUUGACUAAAGAAAAAGAGGCUGAAGAAGCUUUCAUGUCAGCAUCGCUGGUGAAAUCCCUCUAUGAUAAAGUAAAUGACCUUGAAGUCCCUUUUGCCGAGUUCAAAGUAGGAGAUACUGAUUUCCAUAAUUCAGACCAUGCAAAGAAGCUCUUCUACAUAAUUGAUGUUGUUACUCCAAUGAUGCAUCACAUGAACUCCUUAUCUCAUGAGAAGGAAGAAUUGCAGUCAACCCUUGUGAAACAGGUUCAGGAAAUUGAACAUCUGAAGGAGAAAGUUGAACAACAGAAUUUAGACAAGCAAGACUAUGAGAAUAUGAAGAAUGAAUUAUUUGAGCUAGAGUUCACUUUGGAAAGUAUUAUUCAGAAGUUAGGAGGUAAUGAUUUAGUUGAAGACCCAAAAACUAUUGGUGUUAGAGGAUUCAUACCAGUUUUAGAAAAGCUGGUUAUGGCUGUGAUUUUAGAAUCUGAAAAUUCAAAAUCCAAAGCCCAGGAACUCAGUGCCGAGUUGCUUGGAAGCCAAAAGGUUGUGGAUGAAUUGUCAAAUAAGGUUAAAUUUCUUGAAGAUUCUAAACAAGGUAGGUCUGUUUCACCUGAGGUUGCCCGAGAAACUAGCAUCUUUGAAGCAUCUUCUUUGCCUACUCGGUCAGAGAUAACUGAAAUUGAAGAUGUGGGACCCAUUGCAAAGAAAGCAGUUGCUCCGACUGCUUUCGCCACCCAUGCGCGAACUCUGCGUAAGGGAUCAAAUGAUCACCUUGCAAUCGACAUCGAUUCCGAAUCUGACCGUUUGAUUGAAAACGAGGAAACUGAUGAAGAUAAAGGUCAUAUAUUCAAGCCCUUGAAUACAUCGGGUCUCGUUCCAGUACAAGGGAAGAUGAUUGCAGACCGGAUUGAUGGACUUUGGGUAUCUGGUGGUCGAGCUUUGAUGAGUCGUCCGAGAGCAAGGCUUGGACUUAUGGCCUAUUGGUUGCUCUUGCAUAUAUGGCUACUAGCCACCCUAUAGCAGAGCUUGUGAUCCAUUCCCCCUACAUUGCACCAACUCCAUUUCUUUUUUCCAAAAGCAAUUGUAUCAUAGACAAACUGCAUUUUAUCCAUUUUUCCUUUUUAUUUUUGUGACUUGUACGAUAGUUUUUGUUCAUAUCAUUUCCAUAUAUACUUUGGUUCUCUGCAAUCGGAUUUUAGGGUUUCAGAGGACCCAGGCCUCCAUGCUUAUGGAGAGUAUUUGAUGCCUGUUUUUCUUUUGGCUUCUAUGUAGAACAGGAAUUUGUUAUUAAGUAAUGUAUAGAUAUUUCUUUCUCCUUUA